AUUGCUGCAAAUUGUUUACUUCCGUCAUGGCGACCUGCACAACAUGAUGAAGAAUGGAAAAAAAAAGAAAAAGAAACUGUGAUCGUGAUAAAGUGGACUGCUUUUUAUAAAUACUGUGAUGUAGAUCUGUAAAUUAACAAUAUGAUCUUCGUCCUGGUAGCUUAUGAAGCAAUUCCACACAGAUUCUGCACAAAAAGUAGACGACAGAAAAAAUGGGAGGAAUGCUCCAUGCUGGUAUUGGGGAAACCCAGCUUAACAAUCUGCUUUCAACAAUGAAUGUACACUGUAUAGACACUAAAUCUUUGAAAGCCAGAGAACAUGAAGUUGGCCAAGUAUUGGAGAAUCAUGCAAAAGAAUCUGAGCAUAAAUACUUACUAGAAGAAGCAAUUGGGUGUUUAAAUAUUAACACAGAAAAUGAAGAAGGAAAAGGAAUCACAGUAUCAACAGACACCUGCUGGCAAAAGAAGGGUUCUGGAAGGGCAUAUAACAGUUUGUCAGAUCAAAAUAAAGGAGAUGUUGAAGGAAUGGAAAAUGGCCUAAAAGCUAUAGUAGAGCACAUGUAUGGGGACCACGCCCAUUGUAAUAGAUCAUGGUGUGGAUUUCUUAAAGACAGAGAAAAAUAUAAGCACAGUAAUUUACCUCAUGGAAAAGACUUGAGAUCUGAUUCAUUACGGACAGACCUAGAGAAGAUAUUUUUGGGGAAUGACUCAGUCAAUCCAAGGAAACUUGCAUCAUUGUCAAGCUCACAAGCAAAUGAAAACUUUAACAACAUGCUUGCUGCAAAAGCUCCAAAAGCGAAGCACUACUCCUCAUCAGCAAGCUUGGGCUACAGGGUAGAUUCUUCUAUCUUGCAAAAGAAUGAAGGAUAUGCCUAUGUUAGUGAGGUUCAUGCAUCCAUGGGACUGUCUCCUGGAGAGGAAACAAUAAAAAGAAGCUCCAAAAUAAAUAUGAAAAGGAAAAAAAACAAAGAAAAGGCAAAAACCAAAGAAGCCAAGAGAAGACGUUUCUUCUUAAAGCAGACAAGAACCUCUAAGACUGCUAGUAAAGAAAUAAGGGAAGGCAAAACUUACGAAAGUGAAAUAGGAUUCAAAUCUGAAGUUACAGACAAGGAGUCCGAGGAGAUUCCUGAAAUACAAGACAUCACAAAGAUCCCUUUGAAUGAACAAGAGGUUAUCAAAGCACCAGUAGUAAUUUUUGAUUUAGAGACAACUGGCCUCAGUAGGAAAUCUGACAUUACCCAAUUAGCAGCCUAUUCAGAAACUCUGAAUUUUAGCACUUACAUUUUUCCAUCCCAGGCAAUAUCCAAAGAAGCAUCAGAGGUCACACAAUUUUUUGUGAAUGAUUCUUGGUCAUAA